AUGGGUGCCGUAGUAUCUUGCGUCCAAUCCAUUUUCCGCACCAUCGGAAACGUCAUCAUGGCCAUCGUCUCCGGCAUCGGUAACAUCCUUGUAGCCAUCAUCAACGGCAUCGUGUCCUUCUUCGGCAUCAUCGUCAGCUUCCUGACCUGCGGCUACUGCGGCGGCCACCGGCGCAGGACGGGCGGCGGCAUGUCCACCGGCACAACGACCGGCACGCGGCGCGGCGGAUGGGGUCGACGCCGCCAUGCUACUACCGCGAGCCGCAUCUAG